GCCACUACAGAAAGCAACAAGUCUAUUGGAUAACACAUAAUGGUUAUAUAAAGACAGCAAACCUAUGCGGCAUGCUGGAUAUUGAAUUAAUUGCCCAUGACCCUGGAGCUACGGACCUAGCAGUGGACUGGCUGGAAGAUAUGCUGUAUUGGACAAACGGAGAUGCUACUGAAAUCCGUCGAGUGAACCUCAUGUCUACUGACUCUCCUGUAACAACACCACAUUUG